UUGUAUGUCAUAGUCUUUGUGUGCAACAUCAACCCGCAACAGCAGGCAACAACCCCUUGUCGGUCGUUGCAUGUUCUCUCUUCCUCUUGUCUCGUCGUGCAGCUUUCUCCCGCGGCAAUAGAACAGUGGUUACGAGGUUGUGGAGACGAAGGCAGACGAGGAUUGUUGAUGGGCACAGGCAGCGGUGGCAACAUCAGAUGACCGUCAACUUGAAUGCUUUCGUGGGAUCAUGCAGACCUGCGGGAGAUGCACUCAUGGCGAAGCACCAGCAACACCGCGUAGUAUCAUCCCGAUGUGGCUUGCUUCGCCUUCGGUGCUCUCCUCCUCAUCAGUCUUCCCGUUCUCCACCUUCACGUGCUGAUUCCAUGUCUCUGGAAAAGGAGAGUCGCUCGAUGGCGAUAGAGAAACGGAGCAAGCAGUACUUUUUCAAAUUGCUGUCUGCUGCUCGCACACGCGACAAGAGGCUGCUGGCGUCUACGAUGAAGUCUCUCGGGGCGGACAAGGAGUAUCUAAAGCAGAUGCGAACAGCUGACCCAGAGAUCGCGGACCCUUUGCAAGUUCAAGAUGUGCUACUGAAGGCAGCAAGCCGAUGUGGACAGCCAAUCUUCGCGGACAAGGUUUUCAAGGCUAUGCUUGACAGGGGUCAACGCCCUACUCAACACACGGCCGGGGCUUUCCUGGAUGCCUUAAAGCGAGACAGGCAGGCAGAUCGCUGUGUUUCGGCCUAUACCGAGAUGAUGGACAGGGGCGUCGACCUUGGCGAUGUCUGUUUCAACAUCGUCGUUUCUGCUCUGGUGCAGGAUGGGAAUUUUGCGGGAGGACUAGACAUGCUUGAGCGAGCAUCUAGCCGGUGGGGUAUCGAUCCCGACGCCUACACCUUCAACCUUUUCUUCAGCGCAGCUGCAAAGAAAAGGUCUUCUGCGAGCCGUGUUGCCGCAAAGAAAGCAGAGCACCUCAUGUCUCAUCUUGGAGUGGCGCCUGAUCGAAUCACGAUAAACGCACGGAUCGAUCACGCCAUCAAACAAGGGAAGCUGGACGAAGCAAUCGAGAUUUUCGAACAGGCUCUGAACGGGGAUUUCCCCGGCGUAGUGCCGGAUGUGAUCACUUUCAACGUUGGCAUUGCUGCCUACAUGGCGCGCAAUCUGGACGACAGGGCCUUCAAGCUGCUUGAAGAAAUGAACAGGCGCGAGAUUCGUCCUAGGGCGGAUACCUUCAACUCAAUUCUCACCGGACUAACCAAGGGGGGAGACACAUUGCGUGUCAUCGAGGUGUUCAACAAAUAUUUGCGGCAGGAUGACAGUGGGCACGGGAGCAGCGUGGCGCCUACGCUCGUCUCCUACAACCUGGUCCUUCAAGCGCUAUGCCUCGAGAACGACAAGCGGCAGGCUCGUUUGGUGGAUGCUGAAAUGCGACGAAGGGGUAUCAAGCCGGACAACAUCACCUUGGCAGCUCUCGUCCGACUGCAGUUCAGCCGGGAGGAUGUGUACAACGUUAUGGAGACUGCGAGGAAACUGCGCAUUGAUCCGUCGUUGACGUUCCUCAACAGCUGCAUCAGAGCGCUCGGAGAUCAUAGCGACGUGUACGGAGCCUUUCAAGUGAUGGAACGCAUCAAGGCCCUGGAGGGCAUUCAACCUGACGUGUUUUCUUACAACUCGCUCAUAUAUGCUCUUGUGCAAGAUCCAUGGGUAUUCGAGGAAAUUGAAGAUGCCGGCAGCGUGGAGGAUAUUCCGGAAGUGACUGCCGCGACGGCAUCUUCUCGGCCGGCUGGCUCAAAACAAGCGCCGUUUGCCUCUGCCGUUGAUGUGCCAUCGUCCCACGGGUCAAGCAGUGCUGGCUUAGACAGAGUCAUUGGUGCAGAGGCAGCCCUGCUGUUGCUGGAAGAGAUGAAGGCGUUACCGGAUGCCUGUGGAGUUUCUCCUGACAUUUUCACUUACACCACCGUAAUAUCGGGGGUGACCCGGGCCGAGGACGCACGGAGAGCUGGGCGCCACGUGAAGCAAUGGUGGCGGACGCCGAGAAGUGGGCCUGGGUAUCAAGGGAUACGCGCUGCGUAUGGCGGCACAGAGCAAGUCUCGUCGACGGAGCUUUGCACCCAGCUGUAUAUGGAGGCCACGGAGAGAGGUAUUAAGUUGAACGGCAAAAUCUGCAACGCGGUCUUGGUUGGCUUCGGCGCUGAUCUCACGGGCGCCAUCUCGUUCUGGCGACGGUGUGUGCGACCCGCGUUGGUGCAAGAUUCCGACGUGGAGUCAAAUGGCAUCUCUGCCCAGCAAACUCGACGGCCGCAGGAGAACCGCAAGAAAGACCUUUUCUCCGCGUACUGUGGGCUGCUAUACGUGUGUGGUCGGGCACAACGUCCGGAUGCCGCUCUGAAGGUUGUGUUUGCGCUGAAGAAGGACGGCAUAAGACCAUCCUCAGCUCUUUCGAACACGUACUUCAAGGCGAGAAAGGACAGUAGGGAGUCGGAAGACGAUCCGCAAGCUGGGCCCGCGCGAUUCCGUAUGAUGCGACUGCUGGAUCGCCAACUCGAGAAUACAUUGGAAGUGGAGUGUGGUGUCUCGAAGCAUGCGGAUCAAAUGGACCUUCCAAUAGAACGGAUCCGAAUCCGAUUUUGAUUACCAUGCGUGGUUUGGCUCUGUCAGAAUGACUGAAAUGUGAAAUGUACUAGCGACGGGUGUUGGAGGCCAAGAUUACCCACGAGAAACCAUCAACCUCUUGGUUGAAAUGUAUCACCGGUUACUUGAGGCUAAUGUACUUGAUGUGCAUAUUAUUCUUCGCGCAAAGGUCGGACGUAGCCGGGCACUUGUUUCAGUAGCGGGACAAGUUCUUUGGGGGUGUAGGCUUUGAUCCGUGGGAACCCUCGGUGCAGAUAUGGAGUUCCGUAUUAAAGAGGGUGGGUGGAACGUGUUGAUGAGAGAGGGCUCGAUACUCCAUGGCUUGAAUGGAACCUUGGUUUUUCCUUUUUUGACGGUACUGUGGAAAUACCCUUUUCUGGGCAAUCCCAAACCGAGGCACCUUACUGAUUUGACAAAAGAAUCGCGUCCUCGCACGUGGUUAGCAAAAAAGGAAAUACGCGGCGGACGAUGAAUC